CCUCGGAUGUCCAAUGAUGGAUGACUAUGGCACUUGGUAAUUUUGCUGGGGGGGGUUUGUGCUGUGAUGUCGCCGCCAGUAUCCUGAACCAAGUGAGAAGAAUAUUCUCAGUGACAAAUGUGAUGACACUGGAUUGUGAUACUGUGAGGAGGGAAUGUUCACAUCAGAUUGGAUAUUGGAAUUGUCAUUCUGCCAUGGCUAAUCUCCAUGGGAAUCUUUCGGGGCAGUAGACUCACAGAACAGUUCCAAGUGGCAGUGCUUGGGUCACAUGCUUCUGAUCUGAGGGGGAAGCCAGUUCCACGGACACGGUGGUAUCCGUACGUACCGGAGUCUCUCUCUGGUUUGAGGAUAUAUAAUCGCGGCAAGGUUACCAGCGAAAUCGGGAUCAGACUGAGCGUAAUCCCAACACCAUGGUGCGGAUUUGUCUCUCUUUAAGAUUGAUCUCGGGGACAAUAAACCGCUCAAGCUUUUCGCCAUGUGGUAAUACUUAUUACAGAAUGAAGAAUCACAGUGAGUACAAUCACAUCGACUAAGAACCAUCAGUCCUCUUUUGCGAUAGUUGUCCCACCGAUUUCAGCUUAGUGGUUGUCAUGGCAGCGAACCCCCUAUUCGUUGCAAGAACUUAAAAGAGGGUUAGGGUUGUUGUACACAGCACAGCUUCACUUUUUACCGAUAAGAUAAGGAAUUUCAUCCCACCUUUGAGCUGCACACCAGCGCGCGCAAUUGGAUCGAUUCAUCAGCCAGCCAAAAAGUUAUUUUUCCUUCUCUGGUCGCAAACCUUCCUCCUUCUUGAUCAGCCCGCCGACUGAUCGCACCAGCUAGCUAGCUAGUCGAUGGCUUUCAGGUCACUCAGCCACCACUCACGGAUCCUGUCUCGACUGCUGCCAACCGUUUCCGUUCCCGCUGUUGCAAGAGUUACCGCCGCUGCCCCCACUACUACUACAUUUGCGAUCAGGACAUCGAACCCCCUUCGAACGAUGGCUUCGACGGCGGCAGAGGUUGCCAUGCCACCAAACGAACCAGCUGCCACCAUCCAAGAAACCACAUCUCCCGCCAAUGCUGUCGGGCGCACCCCCGAAGAAGCCGCCGCGGCAGAGAACACAGUAAAAUGGUGCAUCUCCUCCCUUCCCGAAAAGGUCCUCGCAAGGAGGGUGCCCAUCCCCCCCAACGGCGUCGACUACAGAGGCAAGAUUGUUCUCGCACCAAUGGUACGAUCGGGGGAGCUGCCGGCCAGGUUGCUGGCGCUUAAGUACGGGGCUGAUUUAGUAUGGGGCCCAGAAACAGUCGACCACUCCCUCAUCGGCACCACCCGGCGAACCAACCCCCGAACCUCCUGCAUCGAAUGGACCCGCCCCCCCUCCCAAGCCCACAACAAAGCCGGUUACGACGAGAACGUCAUCUUCCGGCUUGACCCAACAAGAGAAAAGGGAAAGCUGGUUUUCCAGAUUGGAACCUCUGACCCGGAUAGAGCGCUCGCGGCGGCGAGGCUGGUGGCGGGGGAUGUGGCUGGGAUAGACGUCAACGCCGGCUGUCCAAAGCCUUUCUCUACCUCGGGCGGGAUGGGCGCUGCACUGUUGCAGACGCCGGAUAAGCUUGUUGCCAUCCUGGAGAAUCUGACGAGGCAUAUCAUCCCCGAGUUUGGGAUUGGGGUCUCGGUGAAGAUUAGAUUGCUGGAGACACCGGAGAAGACGGAAGCGUUGGUUAGGAGGUUGGUGGGGACGGGGAUCACGGGGUUGACGAUCCACUGCCGGACUACGCCUAUGCGACCGAGGGAACGGGCGAUAAGGGGGCAGUUGAGGAUGAUUGGGUACAUCUGUCGCGAGGCGGGGGUGGCGUGCGUGGUGAAUGGGGAUGUGGCUGACAGGCGGGAUGGGUAUAAGCUCAUGGAGGAGUUUAGGGUGGACGGGGCGAUGAUUGCGACGGCGGCGGAGAAGAAUCCGAAUGUGUUUUUGAAGGAGGGGGAGGAGAAGACAACGUGGGAGCAAUAUGCGAGGGAGCUGGUGAGGUUUGCGAUGGAGGUGGAGAAUAAGAUGAGUAAUACCAAGUUUACGCUCAGUCAGAUUGUGCCGGGGCGGGAGCCGGUUUAUAAGACCAUGUGCGCGCAGGGGAAGAGUUAUGAGGAGUUGGUUAAGGUGAUGGGGUUUGAGGAGAUGGUGGAGAUGGCGAGGAGGACGGAUGAGGUGUUGAGGUUGGGGGAGUGGGCGCCAAAGAAGGAGGGCAAGGGGAAGAAGGGGCAGCAGCAGCAGAUGAAGGGGAAGAAUGAGAAGAAGAGGAAGAGUGAGGAUGAGGUUGAUGGGGCAAAGGAGGUCAAGAAAGAGAAGGUGGUGGUGGUUGCUGAGCCAGUUGCCCAACAGGAUGGGCCUGCUCUUGCUCAGGCAGCGUAAACUGAGUUGGUUGUGAUUUGAAGAUGGAUAUACCCCUUGUAUUAUAUUUGAGUUAUGGGCGAGUAUGGUUGGAAGAUAUACAAAAUAAACGAGCAAACAGCAUAUGGAAAGGAAAAUAUAGAUACGGUUUAGCGUUUGAUCUCUUGCC